UCCAACUGUGGGGAGGAUGCGCUGUGGGGUAACAAACAAACGCACAGAUCAAGGGUUGGUAUUGAUAGCAGAUACAGAUACGAGCACCUCAACAUGCUUGACACUACUGUUUGCACUAAAACAUUAUCUAUUUGGGUUAAUUAUAAGACAUUGUAGCCACAUAUGUAUACUCAGUAGAUUGAAACAUCAUUUUAACAGUAUGUAUCUUAAAAGUGUAUGUCAUUACAAUUGUUAAUAGUUUAUGGGUUCAUGGGGCUUUAAAAUAAACACCUAGAUAUAGCUUAGUGCUAAAAUAUACAGCGGCUUUGCUUAAUUGCAUGAGUAUCAAUUACCAGAAGGUUAAAACAAGUCUUUAGGCCGGUAAGAACUUAGACUGGAAACCUGUAACGUCUGAGCUCAUCUGACAUUUGUGCAAUGAGGCUUGAAUUAAAGGUUUCAAAUAUUAAAAAUAAUAAAUGACUGUUUCUGGCAUAAUUUUGUCAUUUUUACAGCUGACUCAUUGAAGGAAAUCAAAGGUGUUAUUAAUAAUGGCUUACAGGAACAUUUUGUGUAAAUGGAGCAGAGUCACCAUUAAUGUUAUUAGUCAAAUGUGUGCUGUGAAAGAAAGGCUUAUUGUGUGGGUGCUUAGACUCUUCUUGAUUGAUAGUUUUCUUUAUGUCAUGUUCAGUUUUAUUUCGGUACAGUGAUGACUUCAUUCCUGUAUAAUUUAGACCCGAUGCCGCUUUAGCCAGAAUGACUCAGAAAGGAGCGUGUUUGAACAGCUUUUAGGAUCUUCUUGAACUGUGCCAUCCACCAAUGGAUUUUCAAACAUGGUAAUAGUUUGCCUACUGGUAAUGUGAAUAAGAUAAGCAUUUGCAUAAUAUGCCUGGGACAGUAUGAAGCACCGAGGAGGCAAAGUCCACAUAGCAGGACGACCUUUCAAAGGGAUUAAAAGCACCGUGGAUUGGAAACGGAACAAUUUCAUAAUGAUUGUCUCCAGAGCAUAUCAAUCGAUCCUCUUUGUUCUUGUCAUUGUGAUGGCAGGAGCAGAGGUGCAGGAAAACCUCUCUCCCAACUGUAAACAGUUCCUGUACAUGGGCACGCUGCCUCGAGGGCUUCAGCAGCUGUCUUUUAAAAAGAUUUGCCAGUUCUACGAGGGCAAACCACGAUUCGUCACCCUGUUCGACACCUUCAGCCACAUCCCCAUUUAUUCUGCGUACACCUUCAAGCGCUCAGACGGCUCCAAAAAGGUGGAUGUGCCUUGGAUGUAUGAACCACAGCUCUCCACAGUGUCUGAUUCACGUGAGAUGCAGCCCUUCCCUUCAGAAAACCUUCACAAGAGCUUUGAGGAUGCUCAGGCCGUGCUUGAAGACUACUCCAACAGUGUCAUGUUUGAACGUGGUCAGCUGAAUCCGGACGAGCACCAGGCCGACAUCCAUGACAAAGCCUCCACCUACACGCUGACAAACGUGGUCCCUCAGGUCAGAGAGUUCAACAUUGGCCCCUGGAAAGAUCACCAGCACAUGAUUCGCAGGCGGCUCAACAACUACUGUCGUGGCACCGCAUAUAUAGUCACCGGGGUCACGACCUCUGGGCACAGCAUCCGCAGACACAACAUCAACCGCCUGGGCAUCCCCACCUACCUGUGGUCGGCAUACUGCUGCAUCGAUUUUGACCACAAUGCACCAUUCUCCGAGCGCUCAAAGUUUCCUGUGUUUGCAGCUCACGGGCUCAACGACAGGCAGGAUAACAAGGUCCAGGAGAUGACGGUGCAGCAGCUGGAGGACUUCCUGAAGAAGGUUACCUAUGUCGACAGCUCUUUCCAGAUCUUCUAUGACAACUGCGUGGCUCUCAAUAGUGCCAUGCCUUGAGAGAAGAAGAUUGGUCCUUUUAUAUUUACGCAAUUGUCUUUAAGAUUCCAAUUCAGCCGUCAAAUAGGAGUAAAUAUUGAAUUACUUUAUGCAGUUUCUGGGGUAAUUUAAACUUGAUGCCCCCUUGUCUCAAUUUCUUCACCAAUAUAUAAUCUAGCAUAUCUUUAUUUGCUCUUUGGCAGCUUGUUUGCAGAUUGAAAUGUAAAUCCCACCACUAUUACACUGAUCUUUUCUUAUUUAACGUGGUCAAAGUGUAAAGAAUAUAACCCCAAAGGUCCUCUUACAAACUUUUCCGAGCACCAUUUGCUGAGAAGGAUGUGUUUGAAAGCUCUGAAAAGGUACUAAGUGGACCUUUGAGCUUAGAUUUGUAUACAUAUCAUUGUCCCCAAAGGUUCAUAUUGGUCUUACAUUAAAACAUUAGUCGGAGUAAAACAUUUGAAAUGAUGUUGUACUUGAUGGUGCGUCAACUAGCUUGUGUUGCGAGUUCACUCACCAUGAAAACACUAAAUGGUUGUACUCUUCCUUCACUCUAUCCUUAUCUGAUGUUAACUUACUGACUGGGAACUACUCCAGCCUCUGUAGGCCUUUUGUUCAUCGCCGACAGAUUAGACCAGGAGUUUUACAUCCAGCCUCUUAACUGCAGCACUACUAUACACCUUUUUAGUUACCAACAGAGAAACUCAUGACCAACUGGUGUACAAUCCACAUUCUGACUUAUCAAUCUGUUAUCCUCAACAAGACGAUUCCCAUCAAAUAGUUUUACUUAUCAAUGAAUAAUAGGAAUUAGUGUAUCAGAAUAGCAAACAGUAAAAAAUGAAAUGGGCUCGGCUUAUUUUGUUAUUUUUGAGGUACCUCCUUUUCGUUACAUUUGGAUUUCAAACUGUGCCAUGAAAUGUGAACUACAAAAGCUAUAUUGAGUAUAAAUAAAAUAAGGUGAUAAUCCCU